AUGACAGUGGCCAACCUGCUGAUAUCCAUUUCCUUCCUGGUCGAUGGACGAUCGCGGCUGUUGCUGAACUCGCUCGGGCUAAUCGUGCUGCUCAAUUCCUUUCUGAGCCUCUCCGUCAUUGUGCCACGUGCUGGAGUUCCGAAAAUAUACAUCUAUUUCCAGUGGUCACUCGUGUUCUACGCACUGUCGUCGAUUCUGUUCGUCAUCGAGCUGUGGUUAAAGCGAAACGCGUGCAAACAUAUCGCCCGGUUCCUGGAUUGCGCGAACUAUAAGCUUCCCGGCAUUACGGUAUGCACUCGCAAGGAUCAACGGAGU